GCUCAUUGUUUCACUGUUUGUUAGGCGAUAACUCUAGAGUAAGGGCUGAGCUGUAAAGUCUAAAGACCCCGUCAGUCGUAAUCUCUUUCUAUCAACUACAGCACUCCCCAUCCACUGCCAAUAUCUCUCUAGCUUGAAUCCAUAGGUCGUACAGGUAGAAUUGUAACUCUAACGCCAUGGAAGAAGAAGGCAAAAUUUUUGUUGGUGGUCUGAGUUGGGACACGAAGGAAGAUGGUCUGACUGGUUACUUUCAGAGCUUCGGCGAAGUGGCGAGCUGCGUGAUUAUGCGAGAUGCCAACACCCAGCGUUCACGUGGCUUUGGUUUCGUCACGUUUCGAGAGACCGCCACUGUUGGUAAGGUCCUGAAGGCAGCAAGCCACCUCUUGGAUGGUAGAAAGAUCGAUCCGAAGCCUGCUGUUCCGCGCGGCAGCCAGCCCCCACCAGUCGGUCGGGCUCCCAAUGGCGUUCCCCGUGGACGGCCAGGGCCCGAGGGUGGUCGCCCAUGGCAACCAACUGCGGUCAUGGGACCUCCUGGUGCAGCUGCUUCCCGUGGUCCAUACACCGGACCAACGAAGAAGAUCUUCGUCGGCGGCUUGAGUCCAACUACCACGGAAGAAGACGUCAAGUCCUUUUUCUCUACCCACGGAACGGUCACCGAGGUCAUCCUCAAGUAUGACCAGACCAAUAAUCGCAUGCGUGGAUUUGGCUUUGUCACCUUUGAUACUGAAUCUGUUGUCGAUGAACUCGUUUCCAAGCACUAUGUACAGAUAAAUACCAAAACUGUAGAGAUAAAGAAAGCAGAGCCCAGAAAUCAAUCCAAUGGCCCCAACCCGCAAUUCAUGAACAGAUCUGUCCCGUACUGGGAUCCUGCCUACUACCCCUAUCCCCGUGGUGGGUACGGUCCUCCGCCGAACUCUGGCGCGCCGUACUAUCCAAAUGCCGCGUAUGCUGCGUCCCCCACGGCCGCCUACAACGGUCCCAGCUACCCCGCCUACUCCACGGGCGCCGGAGCAUACGGUGCCAGCCACUACGGCGGUAGUGGCGCCGCCCCGUCGUACGGAUCCGCUGGAUAUCCAUCGUAUGCUACGACAGGUGGUUACGGCAAUGCUAGUGCCGGUGGCUACGAAUCCUACAAUGGAUCUUCUGGCCAGAGUGCACAUCGCAGCAGCUACCACACCGACAGUGGCUACGGUGCCGCGUCGAGCGGCGCCCCGGCCGGUGCCUACGCCGCCGAGAAUCACUCUCCGGUUGCACCGAUGCCGUACGCCAGCGGUGGUGCCAGCUCGUCGUACGGCCAGCAGGCCGCUGCACCGUCCACCGUGACCACCUCGUCGGCCGACGUUCACCAGUACGCUGCCGCCGCCGCUGCUUACAGCAACGAGUACAGGUCUGCGCCUGCCACGGCCGGUCCCAGCUACGCCCAGCAGUCGACCGUCGGGCCAACGCCGGCCCAGCAAGGGCAGCAGCGCCAGUACGCUGGCUACUAGAUCUAGUCGUCGUCAUCGCCGCCGACCGGUCUCUGUUGUCUCGACCGUUGUUGUGUAUUGCUCUCUGCGCAUGUUUCACCUUCCCGGUGGUCGUCGGCCGUUAUGUCAUCGCCGCCUGUGUGGCCAUGACGACCGUCGCCGCUAUGUACAUACACCUGUCAUCUGUAUUUCUCGCCGCUUCCCUUGUACACCGUUGUCGCGUCUCGUUAUCAUCACUAUCGUCGUAAGUCUCUUACCGUCCAUUACAUUUGCAGUCCCGUUGGUUCUCCUCCUGUUUUUCCCUCUGCUGCCGGCGGUUUCGGGCGAGCGCCGCCUCUGCUAGGAUGCGGUGCUAGUUGUCGUUGAUACUCUGCACUGCAGCAGCAUCGCCAUCACUGCUCUGUGUAGCCACGCGUGUACACUUAGAACUGUGUGCGUGUGUCAAAUGUUGGAGAUUUCCAGCGGAGUUGCCCGUCGUCGUCGUCGCAGUCUCAUCUAGUACUGCUGCUGCUGCUUUUGCCGGCGCUGAUGCUCGGGUCUGGGCUUGCGUCCGGCAGCAACCAAUGACUUUCUGUGUUAUGCAUGGACACGACGCUCCAGCUGGUAUGCGCUUUGUGUCGCCAUCCUAUCCACGUUGCUGCUGCUGUCCACGUGAUUUGAUUCCUGAUCGGGGCCGCUCUCUCUCUUCUGCUCUGCAGGCGUUGGCGGCGACAAGUCGCAUCUUGCCGUCUCGUCUGUCUUCUUCCAGUGCCUGCAUUACUGUGACGUCACUGCAUCAUUCUGUACAGUGGAUCCUGCUGUCUUGACCGGCGUCUCUAUGUUGGUGGGCUAUCAUUGCUGCUGCCGCCGCGUCUCUUCACAUCUUGUCAUAUUUCCGUCCGGGUGUCUUGCUUGCAGCUAUUUAUUUUCUCCUUUUUUUCUCCUAACCCUUCCGUCCGUCUCGUCGAGUGAAUAUCCUGCUGCUGCUGAUGUCGCCAUUGUCGUCACCUGUUUUGUUCUGUCUGUGCAUUUUUGACAUGCCGACCGUGCAACGCAGGAUUGGCGAGCUCAUGUUCGCUGGCCAGUGUUCAGUCAGCACAUGGGUUCUCUCUCAUUGAUCCUGGCCAGCGGUAGAAUCACGCUCAUUAUCAUCAGCUACUACUGAUUGGCAGCCGUUCCCCGUUUAGCUGUUGCAACUGUCUCAUCACUACGCUUUACUCGUCUUUAGCAACAACAACACUAACAACGACUGCAAUAUCAUCAUCUUCAUCAUCAUCGUCAUCACCAUCCUCGAGCAUCGUACCGGGCGUGGCUUACGUAGACGUGUGCUCAUCGUUGGUCAACGUCCCAUCAUGCGACAUUGUCUCUCGUCACCAGCACUCUCUCUCUCUCUCUCUUUCUUUCUCUUUGACGUCUCCUUAUCUGCCGUUGGUUGGUUACCUCCAGCGCCCUGACUCUCGCAGUGGGUACAUCGAUUUGAUCUGGCCAUUGGCUCCCCAAGGACCUCGCCUGUAUUCUCUCCUUCCUCCGUUGUUGCCGUUACCAAUGUCACUAAGUGCUAUGUAUCAUCCAUGUUGACUCUGUCGUAGAUAUAGAAUAGCCGUUCCGUAAGCAGCAGGCUGGUCCAUUGCUGGGGCUUCUAACUAAAAACUGGACGAAGUAUGUAUUACUGUUAGUCGCCGUGCUAGCCAGCCGAUGAUGAUGCGUCUUGUCACCCCCAGUCCUCUGCCACUGCCACCACCGCCACAACAACAACAACACUGGCUCGUGUGUUCGCACGCUCGCGUCUGGAAGAUCACCACUGACUACUUUCUCUUUCUGGUGAGAUCUCUCAGCCUUGUGAUAGCAACACUGCUCGUGCUCUGUUUCUCUCUAUCUCUCUCUCUUUCUCUCUCUCUUCCCAACGCAUUACUCUAGCAUAGCUAGGCCGUGCGGUACCAGGCGAUACUGCAUUGUACUUUCUCACCCCUGCCCAUCGCGAAGCACCAUAUCUGCGUUCUUUUGCGAUUAUGACGGCACUUAGUUUUCCUAGUCCACGUAGCUAACUUGUGUUUUCCCGCCCCGGGGCACAAUACUCUGUACAAGUUCCGUUUCGAACUUGGUCUAGUUGGUGUAUGAAACGGAUUGCUCGCGCUAAUGUAAACCACAUUAAACCUAUGGGAAUGCUGCGCAGCAUGGCUAGUAUUGCUCUUGUCGCCGCCGCCACUAUGUAGGUGUAGCGGCGACUGCUGCUGUUGCUAUUUUCUUCCUAUCUACCCUCGUCUUCCCCGCUCGAUCUGUGCUUUUCUUCUUUGGCCAUCCUUCUCGAUGCGACCGCAACUGGCCCCCCGCCACUACUGCUUUAUUUCUGUUUUGUUGUGCUCGUUCCCGAUUGCAUGUCUUCUCGGGCGACCUCGUGCCUGAAAAGACCGAUUUUCUGCGUUUUUACUCUCUCGGUUCAUUAGUAUUUAUUCUAAGAGCUUUGAAAGCAGCAAACUGCAGUUUUUAACUGAUGACAUGCCGAUGUCGCGUAUUUUCCUUGCCAAAAUUUCCGGUCAUCCAGCCAUUUCUUAUUGUCCCGGCAUACAUUGUACUGUUCCCUCGAUUUUUUUAUCGUCUUAUGUGUUGCACUGCUCGGAAGCAGACUUGUAGCAGGUCAAACCUGUCAACUGA